UCUUGAAGUGCCCGGAUGUUUCGUCUAGAGUUGUCAAUAUCGAACUAAAAUAUUUAAUUGAUUGAAACAGAAAUACAGUUUUAGAAGAAAAUGGGAAAUGAAGCAUCGCUUCCUUUGGAAUUAUGUUCGAACUUUGAUGCAGAUGAAAUUAAAAGACUUGGCAAGCGGUUUCGUAAAUUAGAUUUGGACAACUCCGGAUCACUGAGUGUAGAUGAGUUUAUGUCAUUACCAGAAUUACAACAGAAUCCUUUAGUACAACGAGUUAUAGAUAUAUUUGACACAGAUGGUAAUGGGGAAGUAGAUUUUAAAGAAUUCAUAGAAGGAGUAUCACAAUUUAGUGUUAAAGGAGACAAAUUAUCUAAAUUAAGAUUUGCAUUUAAGAUAUAUGACAUGGAUAAAGAUGGAUAUAUAUCUAAUGGAGAACUGUUCCAGGUGCUUAAAAUGAUGGUAGGAAAUAAUCUCAAAGACACUCAGCUACAACAGAUUGUAGAUAAAACCAUUAUACAUGCAGAUACUGAUGGUGAUGGCAAAAUAUCAUUCGAAGAAUUUUGUUCUGUUGUAGGGAAUAUGGAUGUCCACAAGAAGAUGGUUGUUGAUGUGUGAAUACUUUGAGACAUUAAAUCGUUCUAUGUUCAUUUGUAUUUAUUUUUAUUGCAGGUCGUAGGAACUAUGGAUGUUCAUAAGAAGAUGGUAGUUGGUAAAAUUUGAAUAUUUGAAUGUAGUCUGAAUUUUUCCAUGACAUUUUUUUGUCAGUUGACAAAUCCAUUUAUGUAUUUUUGCGUAAUUAUUUUCCAUAUUUUUACAAUUUCAUAACUCCUUUGUUCAUAUAUAGAACUAAGUGUUUGUAAUUGUUGCAUUUUUAUGAAAAUUUUUGUGUGACAUUUUUACCUUCCUAGUGCAAAUCAGGUUGAUUAGUGUACUUAUUGAAAAUGAUCCAUAGUACAAACUAAUGUCAUAAUAUCAAGCAGCUAGUCAUUGAUUUAGGACCUAAGUUUUUUAUUUCAUAGAGUCUCAGUUUGCAAAAAUUAGCAACAUUUGAUGUUUUUCAUUAUUUGCUGAAUUUACAUGUAAUGGUGGUACCUAAGAUCUGCUCAAGUGUGAAUCAAUGAAAUAUAAUCUUGCUUGCAACAUAUUUCCAUUUGUAUGUCAGUGCAUUUUGUAUUGUUUUCAUUUUACUUCUGUAAAUUGCUUCUUUAUACUAUAAGUAGGAUAAUGAAACAAAGAUAAAUGUGACUUUUAAUAUAUCUCAUUAUCAGAAAACCUCUUCAAAUUCCUUGGGCAAAAAUAAUCUUUUAAUGUUGGGGAAAAAAAACCCUGAAAAUGUUUACAUAAAUCUAUUAAAAAAAAGUAAAACUUAGAUGUGUAGCAAUGACAUUGUUUAUUUUAUUGGUUCUUAGACAGAAUAACUAAUUAUGUUUGGACAAAUGUUAAACAAACAUAAAAUAUCAAUGAACCCAAAUUAAAAAGUUGUUUUAGAUUUUGAUAUGUAAGAUAUAAUGGAAGGAGACAUCUGAAAAAAAAGGAAAAAUUAAGAUUGAAUAAGGUUGAACAAAAAGCAAAAGUAUACUCAUGAAUCACUCCUCCUAUUUAAUGUCUGCAAUAUUUUAUAAGGGAUUUAAAAACUAGAGAGAAAAAUUGUAUUGCAAGUAGAAAGAAUGUUUAAAUUAUGUAACUAAGAUUUUCAUUGCAGUUACAUUUGUAAGAUAUCCAUUGUUCAUUUUACAUUUUUUUCUCUAAUUUAUGAGGCUUUUUACAUAUCAUUGAAAAUGGAAUAUAGUUGAAAUGAAUUAAAUGCGCUGAUCGAAUACAGCAUAUUUUUCCAUAAAUGUACUUAAAGAAAACUUGUCUAUCAAGGCUUGUAUGUAUUUUGAGAAACACUAACAAUACUUUUCUUUUACUAUUUCAAAAUUAAUGGGCAAAUUUUUUUCAACCUUUUGUUUUAAAGGAACAUAGGACAAACUCAUAAUAAUAAAACAUUAAAGGUCUGAAUAAUUUUACCUGAGAAUAUAAAAUUUGGAAUAAUUUGUAAUUUGUUAACGGUUGAGGGAAAAAAGUUGGUCUACUUACCCACUGAAGUGACAUAACAGAAUAACAUUAGAUAUAUAUCAUGUAAAUGCAUAAGCAUCACAUGAUUUAACAGAUAUUUCCUUUAUUUUACAUUAUGGCACUGGAAAAUUAUCCCUUCUUUACAACCCAAUCCAUAAAAUUUGGAACAGUCUUUUAUACUUGUUGGAAGGAUUUUUUAUACUCAAAGGCAUAGAUUGCCUUAGCCGUAUAUCUCUCCAAAAUUAGUUUGACAUUUUUUACACCCUGAAAGACACUUAUUGGUUCCAUUUUCUUAUUUAAGCAAGCUGACAGGUGCAGCAAAAGUAAUUCACCUUAAAAAGUGAAUAUGGUUUAGGUUGAAUAAAGUUUCUUAUUUAGGGGGGUAAUAAUGUACAGACAGUUACAGACAUAUCAAUGUUAGCAAAAUUGGUAAGGACAAUUGCUUAUAUUCCACAAACUAUGUCAGGUGAAAUAAAAAUUCUUGGAAGGCUUGCAAUUAUGCAGAUCGAUCACUAAGUUAUACAAAGCCUGUUCUUACCCUUUCUUAUUUCUACACAGAAAACAACCAUUUAUUUUUCUUUGAUGGUUCAUUUUGAAACUUUUUAAGAUUUGAAAUUUAUAACACUAUGAUGCUAUUUAUUAGUAUUUAAUACAUAAGUGUUAAGAACAAAAGAAGCCAUAUUUUGUCUGUUUCAGGUAUUUGUUUUAUGUCAAUAGUAAAUUUGGGCAAAAUAUUUUCUGUGAAAUGUGUGAUAAUGUUGUUAUAUGACUUCUUUAAAGACCAGGUUUAAGUAGAAACAAAAGCAGUUAUGAUAGUAAGACAACACACACAAAUAUACGGCAGAAUCUUUGGAUAUUUCAUGAAUUAUAAAUGUAUUGGAAAUAUAUUCCACGAAGCUAGACUUCUGGAACCUUUAAUACUUUGAAAACUUGUGCAACUAUUGUAACAUUGUAUCCUUACCAGUACUAACAUUGUGUUAUAUGUGCCUAAACUGUUGUUAAAUUGAUAAAUACAAAAUUCUAUCUGUGAGUGUUAUAUUGUAUUUUAUAAUUGUUGAAUUCUGUUUGUUUUUGCUAUAAUCAUCAGUUUGUAUACUGGGCAUAUUUUAUUGUGAUUAUUAAAUGUUUUAAUGUUUGAACAAAUGGAUUGUUACAUAUUUUGUUUUUGUUUUUGUUAUUAUUUUGAGACAAAGAUUGCUUUAUACAUUAUAUUUUGCUCUAUUCCUUGCUGUACAGAUUGCUUUGAACAUACUAGUUAUACAAUAUAAUGAGUCCCUCUGAAAGUUCACAUUAAUUCACACUGUCAUUAUUUCUUCACAGAAAAGUUUCAUAUUUUAGGAAGUUGAUCACAUGGAUGAGAAUUUAAAUAUUGAUUUACAUGUGUAUAGUGGAAUGAUGAUUUACAGGAAAAAAAAAGUAUUGUAACACAAAUAUUUUUUUUUAUAUGAAUGACCAUUCAAAUAAAAAAAGAAGAUAAAUUUACUCAUGAUGUUAUAAUAAAAUAAUGAUUUGUAGUUUUCAUUACAUUGGUAAUGACUUCAGUUUAAUGUAAAAUGAAAAUAUAAAACAUGCUAUGAGGAAAAAAUGCAUGCACAAGACAUAAAAGAGAUUUAUAUUUUCCUUUAUUUUUUAUGAUUGAAUUGCCAAUGAGAGCAAUUCAGUAUAUUAACUGUUAAUUUGUUUAUGGUAUGUACUGAUGACAGUUUGAUAGUCAUUUCUUCUAGCCAGUUAAGAACAAAAAAAAGCUGAACAAUUUGAUUUAAAGAUUUGAUUUAUAUGCAUUCCAGGAAUUCUGAAAUGAUUUUGUCUUUCAAGUUUGUAUCUGAAGUUUACUUAGCUAUUGUAUAGCAAAUAUUUAUACUAAAUAGUAUCAACAAAUAUUGUAUUUUUUUUUUGCUCAUUUCAUAUGUAUUUGAAUGACAGUUGCAUAUUUUUGUGUAUGUUGCUUAUUCUAAAAAUUCUAGUAAUUUUAUUCUGCAAGAUUGUGAAAAACUUUUAAUUUGAAAAGAACUAUUAAUUAUGCAUAGAUAUAAAUCUGUAAAUGAAAAUCAGGGAUUAGACUUAAUGCUGCUUAGGAAAUUUAAAGUCACCAAAUAGCAGAUACUGUACUUUAUUAGUAAAGUUACUGUAAGAAUUUUGAACACUAAAACUUUUUUUAAAAAGUAUUUUUUUGUUUAUAAUGCAACAGAUAUAGCUCUUUCUCUGAGCUCUUUAUGAGUUCCUACUUUUUGCUGCACUUUAUAUUGUAGAUACUAAAUGUAACUAGUAAAUUUAUUUCCAUUUCCUAAGGUCCAGAUUUUUCUUAUAAUAGCUGUCUCUGCUGUAUAUACAGAAAUGUAGUAACUAUAUUUUUUUUUUUGCUUUCUACCUCUCUUGUAUAUUUAACUGAAUGGAAAUGAUAUACCUCAGAAUUAAAUCAAACACAGAUCUUAGAACAUACAAGAAUGUAUAUCUGCUUUAUAUAAGAAAUGACACCUUACACCUAUAAUCAUUAUAUCUGCGUAUGGGAGUAAUUGUUCAUGCUCAUUCGUUAAUUUAUUUGGCAACGAUUGUAGUGUAUUUUGUUGGUCAUUAUUUUCUUUCUCAAACAACAAAACCAUUUAAAAAUGUAGUUUGAGAUUGAGAAAAAUACUACUACCGUAAUCGUCCUUGUAUAGUUCGCAUUGGUACAUUGUCCGCAACCCCCUUUGCGCCACUGAAGUUAGAAAACGUCUAAUGAAACUCCAGUAAUUUCAAAUUAUGUGUGAUCGUUUGCGGUAUUUUCAUCAUCAAAUAGAAGUUGAAAAUGCUUAUAGAUGAUUCUAGAACACUUCUCAAGUCUUAAAAUAAGUCAAAAUCACAUAAAAAACAAUUUAGAAACUUGUGCAUGUUCAAAUAGCACAUGUAAAUGAAAAAUAAAUAUGGUGAGUGUACGGAAAAUCUGUACUCAAUAGAUAUCACUAGAAUACAACUUUGAAAGUAAAACAGUUCCAUCCUUGAGUAAAUAAUGUUUAACAUAUCUAUCACAUUAAUGUUUGAAGGAUCUUAGGCUAAAACAAAACACAUGCAUCAGUAUGAAACACCAAAAUGGAAUGAAUAACCAAUUACGUUUUUUAGUUUAUUACUUUGUUAUGGGUAAGCUGGUUCCUGGUUGACUUCAACUUUUUUCGUUCCGUUAAAUUCAAGCAGAUUCCAGGUUAUUUUGAGCAAUGCAGUGAAAAAAAAAAAGGGAAAUUUGUAUUGAAGCAUUUAAUUUUGAAAUUUAACAGUUUAUAUUUGAUAUUGAAUAAAAAUUACAUUUUAAUAUGGAUUAGGUAAAAUUAUUAGUUUUGAAAAUGAUAAGAGCACCCUGUACAAUUUCAAUAACAAACAUGGCUGAACGUAAACAAACCUUGCAAAGUAAUUUUUCCUCUUAUUUCUUGCUUUUUGUACUCUAUAGUCCGCACCCCUGUCUGGCAGGUUAAAUUUUGAAGAAUAAAACUGCAGACUAUACAAGCCUGAAUUCGGUAUAUGAAAAGUGAUGAGUAAUAAAGAACAUAACAAAGUUUGGUUUGAGGACAUAUUUUGAAUUAUGAGUUUGGUCCUUUCAGACUUCUUUUUGGUCAUGAUGUAGUUAGUUUUGGAACUGGUUCCAUUAGUUGUUAAAACAACAAAUUUGCGAUCUCAGGUGGUGGUUAUGGGUUUUUAGUCGGUUAAUAAUUUAAUUGCAUGCAGCAAAAGUUAAGUUGAAAAAAAUCAUUCUUGAAAAAACUUGGAUCCUCGGUUUCAAUUUUUAAUUUUCAAAAUCUUACCACAAAAAAGAUAUAUUAAAACAGUUACUCCCAUAUUCCCAAACACUUCUGCCAUCCUUCACAUUGAGCUGUUGCCUAAUUAUAUUUGAGUAUCUCUGAUAAGAAUUUUUAUACUAAAAUUUAUUUGAAUGUUAUUUGUAGUGCUUGCUUUUUUGUGUGAGUUUCCUUUAUAUUGUUUGUAUCAAAGUUUUCUGAAGUAUUUUGAAAUUUUUGAAUGCUUUUUUUUACAAGGUUUUUUUUGUAAGGUCUUUUUAAUCUUAAAGCAGUCUAAGUCAUAAUGAUAAAAGCAUUAAAUUUUCAAGGGAUUAAAAUUUGGAAUUAAGGUCAAUUACAUGUUAAUUUAUACUCAUAUGUUUUUUUGGUGAAUGUGCCUUUUAGCAUAUCUUUUUAUUAAAAGUACCUUAACACAAAAAAUAUAAAUUUGGUCUUCCAGCAUAUGUUUAACAGAAAUUCACAUAGAAUAAAUAUGCUUCAGUUUCUUCCUUAACCAUUUUAGUAUGAAUGGACUUUGAAAAUGUUGCACAAAAAAUCAUGAAUAAAAAUUAAAAAUAUAAGAAAGUAACAAAGAAUAAAAAUUGUAAUAAAGAAAAAAGAUAGGAAUAUAUUUUCCAAAAAACAAUUUCUCUUAAUUGAUAUAGUAAAAUUUUAUUUUAUUAAUUUUGAAUGCUUUGUCAAUAUGUUGUCUUUUUGGAUAUUGUGAUGUAUUUGUAUACAAAUAAUGAGUUUUUUUCCCAUUUUUUAAAAAUAUUUUACUUCAUUAUUGCUUUCAACAAGCUUUAUGUUAGAAAUACUAUAAAAAAUAUUGAAGAUAUAGAUAUUGUAUGAUGAAAUAUAUAAUUAUAAGGAAUAGAAAUAUGUUUAAAUAGAGUACCAAAAAUAAAUGAGGUCAGUACACAACUAAGCUUAUACUCUGUCACCUCUAAAUGUCUAAAACACUAUUGAUUUUCUGUUCAUUUUGGUAUGUUUCAGUUUUAUGUCUGUUCCUGAAAAUCAUUUUCUUGUAACUAAUAAGGUUGCAUCUAUUUAUCUAGGUAACUAAGUCAGUUUAUAUAUUUGAAAUUAAAAUGUCUUAUUGAAACAUGCUUAACCAGUAGGAGAAACGAUUUACCCCAGUUUUGAUGUAUUACAAUAUUUUCGCUCAGUUCAAUUUUUUUUUAACCUGUAUUUAGAUUUGGGUUCUAUCAACAUUGGUUAGGCAUUUCAUUUUUCUUCAGUCGUUCAACCAACCAAAUUCAUUCUUAUAAAAAAAUAUUUAAAAGUUUUCAGUUUGACAAAAUUAGAAAGUGUUAAAGCAAAAUCAGGUUGUUGAAUCUUAAAAUGUAUAACUGAAAUCAUGUUUUUCGAUUAUAAUGCACAGAUGCCAUAGACAUCAGAUUCUGUUAGAUAUGUUUAGGGCAGUAUUUUUGGAUUUAAGGAAAGCAUUGAAUGAUAAAAGUUCACCAAAAUGUUUGUAAUAAAAAAAUUUAACUGGAUUGAUGGGAAGGCAUAUUGUUUUAGUCCUUCAAAGUUUAAAAGUUUAAAUGACCUUUGCUUUGGUCAUGUCAUUUACUAGAAAAGGCUCGGAAUUAAAUUAUCAUUGGGUAAAAUAAUUCAUAAAAUACUCAAAUCAGGGCAUAUAAUAUAACAAAGUUCAGAAAUUAAGGGAGAUGGAUUUUUUCACCUCUGAAACGUAGGUGUAAAUCUUCCUCCUUCAUACAAUGCAGUGUCUAUGUAAAAGGAGAAGUUUUACAAAGGGCUAAACUUUUAAAAAUUUGAAAUUCAAGACCAUAUUUUGCCAAAAGUAAACCUUUUCCUUUGAAGUAGAGCUCAUUCUACACCUAUGAACAAAUGUUAGCUCAACACAAAUAAUUGAUAUUAGAUAGUUUAUAAAAAAAUAUGUUUAACAUUGAACUUUAUGUAUUACAAAUAAAUGACUUGACUUUACCCUCUUUUGGGAAAUUUAUUUUCUUAUUCCUCAGAAUAUGAACAAAUUUUCAAAAUUAUUUGGUGGACAUGUUCUUUUCAAUAUCAGAAAACAUUGAUACACAAACAUAAAAUGCAUGGUUUUGAGAUUGUCUAGAAGUAAAUGUUGUAUUUAUGUUGUGUCUAAUUAUAACUUAUAUUUAAAGCAAUAUUUAUAUACAGCAGUCAGAUAUUGAUAUUGUAAAUUUCCAAGUUGAUGCUGUUAUUAAAUUUACAGUGUUAUUUGUAUUUUUCUCUCACAAAUAUUACUGAAAAUUAAAAGUUUCUAAUUUA